GAUGGUAUGGUCAGCUGAUGUCUAAGCAUUUUCAGCAGCAUCAGUAUUGUCACACUGACGCCUCAUGCCUGAUUUCAGUUCACUCGCUGCUAUGGAGCCUACUGACGUUGGAGAGAAGAUGGUGUGGGUCAUAUUGUCUUUGGCACUUUUUACAUCUGGACUGACUCAAUGCACACUGUCUGUUGAGGAGGACACAGAACUGGACCCGGAAGUCAAUAUGAACAUUAGUGAGAUCAUAAGACACUGGGGAUACCCAGCUGAAGAAUUUGAAGUUGUCACUGAGGAUGGCUAUAUCCUGAGUGUCAACAGAAUCCCAAAUGGGGUCAAAAGCAAGGCCUGGCGAGAACCCAAACCUGUUGUGUUCCUCCAACAUGGUCUCCUUGCUGCUGGAAGUAACUGGGUGACAAACCUUCCCAACACAAGCCUGGGCUUCAUCCUAGCCGAAGCUGGAUUUGAUGUGUGGAUUGGCAACAGUCGUGGGAACACAUGGUCCAGGAAACAUGUCAGCCUUGACCCAAAAGAGAAAGAAUACUGGAAGUUCAGUCAUGAUGAAAUGGCUAAGAAGGAUCUUCCUGCAGUGAUAAACUUCAUUACAAAGACCACUGGCCAAGAGCAAAUAUUUUAUGUGGGGCAUUCCCAGGGAACAACUAUAGCCUUCAUGGCUUUCUCCUCAAUGCCAGAGCUGGCCAGCAAAAUCAAGAUGUUCUUUGCCCUGGCUCCUGUUGCCACUGUGGCAUUGACAAAAAGCCCCAUGACCAAAUUAUCUGUUAUUCCAGAGUUUCUCAUUUGGGAUCUCUUUGGACGAAAAGACUUCUUCCCUCAAAAUGACCUGAUCAAGUUUUUUGCUACCGAGUUCUGCAGCAGGAAGCCUUUGAGUGUGCUGUGUGGAAAUGUCUUCUUUCUCCUCUGCGGUUUUGAUGAGAAGAACUUGAACAUGACCAGAACACCUGUGUACACGACACACUGCCCAGCAGGAACCUCAGUGCAGAACAUGGUUCAGUGGGCUCAGGCUGUAAAAUACGGGAAGCUGAUGGCAUAUGAUUAUGGAAAAGCUGGAAAUAUGGCACAUUAUAAUCAGACGAGCCCUCCUCUGUACAACAUACGGGACAUGCUUGUACCCACAGCUCUGUGGUCUGGUGGGCAGGAUACGCUGGCUGAUCCUCAGGAUGUGGCUCUGCUGCUCACACAGAUCCCUAAAUUGGUGUACCACCGCAACAUCGACCACUGGGAGCACCUGGAUUUCAUCUGGGGCUUAGACGCCCCACAGGAGAUGUACAACAAAAUGAUUGAAUUGAUGAGGCAAUAUGUGUGAAGAGGACAUUUUCAUCGUAAGGUUUUAAGUUUUUAGCAUUAAUUCUGGUAUGUCUUUUUGUUUGUGCAUGUCCUCUGAGCUAAAACUUGUUUUCUACCAUUGGAAAUAUGCAUUCCUGAAUGUAAUGAUUUUUACCUUUAACCAUGAAAACAAGUGUAUCAUUGUUUGUUCAUGCUGUAAACAAAUGAAGUUAUGUUUAAGGUGCUGGUAACCCUGGUAAUUUUCCAAAUGUCAUAAGAGACCAAUCUGAGCUGUCACCUAGAAACUGUUACACUCAUGAUCAGGUCACUUGUUCAAUCUUUUACUAACCACUACUAGUUUAUCUUGCUGUACUGUAACAUGUCAUGACCUGUCUCAUCAUGGUCUUGUCACGUAAUGAAUCAUAAGUUUUAAAGGAUGUUUUAUGUUAAUCUCUGAUUUUACUGACUUGCCUAGAAGGCUUGUUAAUUACACUGACCAAAGUAUGCCUUAGAUUUGAAUUAUUUGAACUCGUUUGUAAUGUAAACCAUGACUUGAAACUCAAUAAAUAUUGAUGAAACAGAUGCAUACAGAAAGUAA